AUGCCUCCCAAGAAGGUUACCAGCGCGUCCAAGAAGGUGGCGCCUGCUCUGCACACUUCCUACCGCGAUAUGAUCAAGGAUGCCAUUAUUAACUUGAAAGAACGAAAUGGUAGCAGUCGUCAGGCUAUUAAGAAGUACGUUCAGUCGAACAACAAGAUCAACGUCACUUCUCAGAGUGUCUUUGACUCUCAGUUCAACAAGGCUAUCAAGGCUGGUGUUGAGAAGGAUGAGUUCACUCAGCCCAAGGGCCCAUCUGGCCCCCUGAAGCUUGCGAAGAAGGAUGUUCCUGUCAAGGCCGCUCCUAAGCCUGUGGCGAAGCCUGUCACCAAGGCCCCUGCUAAGCCCAUUGUCAAGGCCGCGGCUCCCAAGGUUGCCCCCAAGAAGGCUACUGUCGCAAAGACUGCCGCUCCCAAGAAGGCAGCGGUCAAGAAGACCACCGCCACCAAGCCCAAGGCUAACUCUGGCAAGGCCCGCAAGGCUACCGAUAACGCUCCUGCUAUUGUUGAGCAGCCCAAGAUUCUUGGAAAGACCAAGUCUGGACGUAUCACCAAGACUACUGCCCCUCAGCCAACAACGACAACCCGGGCAGCUCCCAAGAAGCGGACCACCAAGAAGUAG